CCUAACUUGUUCUUGCUUUCAGCCAUGGAUUUUCCAGAGUAGGGUUUAAGCUCAAAGGUUUUAGACACAGAGACUCUGUAAAUGUAAUUUGCAAUGCAAUCUUCACCAUGACAAUCAAAUCUCUUUCACUUCCUACAAAUUUCCCACCCAUCUUCUUCUCAUCGCCCAACACUUCCCCCUCACCUCCCCAAUCCCAACUCCGUUUCCCAAACAAAUUCAACUCCGUUCAACUCCCAAACCGCCGCAGAAUCACCCAUCUCCUCCAAUCCCAAACCCCAACAAACUCCUCAUCUCCAUCUCCUAACGAUACCCAACAAGCCAUUUCCCAAUUCCUCCAACAACUCGGUCUCUCCGACCAAGACUCCGAUUCCAUUGCUUCCAACUGCCCCAAAUAUGCCAGCAUGUUAAUUGACAGUGUUAAAGAGCUGGAGGAGUGGAAUAACACGUGGGGAACUGAGAGUGGGCAACAGAAUGAGUUUGGGGACUUACAAGGGUUUAAGGAGAAGGUAAUUUAUAUGGCUAGGGAUAAAGGUGAUGAUGGUAAGCUUGCUUUUUUAGAGAGUGUUGGGUUGAGUUUGUCUUCUGCUAUGAACGUUGCUCGGUAUCUAUCCGCCCAGCCGCUUCCCCGGCUCGUUCACAAGGUUAAGUAUGUGAAGGACAUGUUCUUUUCUGGCAGUGAUGAUAAAAGGCUCAUCGGAAAAAAUGCUAGGCGUAUGGUGAUGCACUUAUCUGUACCUAUCGAUGAGGAUUUGCAACAAACGUUGUCUCUUUUUGAAAAGAUUGCAGCAAGGCGUGGAGGUUUAGAUAUGCUCGGUUCCUCAGAUGCCUCAUUUCCUUAUUUUAUCGAAUCUUUUCCUCGUAUUUUUCUGUUGUCAUUAGACAAACACUUGAAGCCCAUGGUAGAACUUCUUGAAAAUUUUGGUGUCCCCAAGGAGCGCAUGGGUUGCAUAUUCCUAUUGUUUCCCCCUGUUAUCCUAUAUGAUAUUAAGGUCAUUAAACGAAAAGUCAUGGCUCUUGAGAAGGUUGGUGCAGUCGAUGAAGAUAUUGGUAAAAUUCUAUUAAAGUAUCCAUGGAUCCUCUCAACGAGCAUUCAAGAUAAUUAUAAGGAGAUCCUUUCAUUAUGUGACAUGGAGAAGAUUACAAAAGAGAGCUUCGACAAAGCAGUCAGAAGCUGGCCUCAUCUGUUGGGUUGUUCAACUAGCAAGUUGAAGGUGAUUUUGGACCAGUUUGGACUGUUAGGUGUUAAAAACAAGAAGGUGGGACGGGUCAUCACAAAAAGUCCUCAAUUACUACUAAGGAAACCCGAAGAGUUUCUGCAGGUGGUUUCUUUUUUACGAGGCAUAGGAUUUGAUCAGGAAACCGUGGGAAAGCUACUUACUCGCUGUCCUGAGGUUUUUGCUGCAAGCAUGGAGAAGACGUUAAAGCGAAAAGUUGAAUUCUUUAUUUCUAUGGGCGUUAUGGAAGACGAACUCCCUGGCAUAAUUAAAAAAUAUCCAGAGCUACUCGUCUCCGAUGUCAACAGAACAUUACUUCCUAGGAUGGAGUACUUGAUGGAGGUAGGAUUAUCGAAGAAGGAGGUAGUAAAGAUGGUGCGGAGAUUCUCACCGCUGCUAGGAUACAGCAUCGAUAAGGUACUAAGACCGAAGUAUGAAUUCCUGGUGAAUACUAUGGAAAAAGAAGUGAACGAAGUGGUUGAAUAUCCAAGGUAUUUCAGUUACUCGUUGGAAAAGAAGAUAAAGCCGAGAUAUUGGGUGGUGAAGGGGAGGAAUGUCGAAUGCAGUUUAAAAGAAAUGUUCCAUAAAAACGAUGAGGAAUUCGCAGACACAUUUCUGGGCAGUGGAAGACUAGUUUUUCCUUCUCAUCAGUGAAAUUGGAUUGUAAAUGUGCAUUUGUAUAAUAACUCUUAGCAGCUGAGUGAAUUGUUGAACGGAAAAAGAAAAACUUUAGCAGUUUUGAUCUCAUUAAGUUUAAUGAAAAGCAUACUAGUAUUUUAUUGUAAA